AUGGUGGGCAUUUACAAGUCUGUUCUUGUUGGAUUAGGGCUCUUGUCCGUCGCCAGUUCUUCCCUGAUCAACCUGGAUCUGGACUUGGACUUGGACUUGGACCUGGACCUAGGAUUGUCUGGUGAUGGAGAGUGCGCUGAGGUACAUGAACGCAAGGAAUGGGGCGAAUUAACGAAAUCGGAGCGCAUCGAGUACACCGACGCCGUACUGUGCCUGCAGAAGAAGCCUCAACACUUACCGCGGGAAGAAUACCCUGGAGUGCGGAACCGCUUCGACGACUUCGUGGCCACGCACAUCAACUAUACACUAAACGUCCAUUAUAGCGGUCUCUUCCUCCCAUGGCACCGUCACCUCCUCGUACUCUGGGAGACCGCAUUGCGCGAGGAGUGUGGUUAUUCCGGAUAUCUUCCAUACUGGGACUGGCCAAAGUGGGAAGACGACCUCGCCGGCAGCCCCCUCUUCGAUUGUAGCGAAAGCUCCCUCUCCGGCGACGGCGAGUACGUCCCGGGCGAGCAAGCCAUAUCGGGCGGACCGAUCACCAUCCCACGAGGCAGCGGCGGUGGUUGUGUUCGCUGCGGACCGUUCAAAGACAUGCAGAUACACAUGGGUCCCUUCCCCCGGAACCCGCCCAUCACCCCAGAGAUGGAGAUCCCCGCCCCAGGCUUCGACUACAACCCACGGUGCUUCAACCGCAGUUUGAACUCCUUUGUCGGCAGUCACUAUACCAACGAGAGCAUCGUCGAUCGACUCCUCGAAUCGCACAACAUUGUCGAUUUCCUCACCGUCAUGGACCAUUGGCCGGCCCGGGCGGAUGGUGUGCUAGGCCCCCACGGCGGCGGUCACUUCAGUCUCGGCGCGACCCUGCAAGAUCUCUUUGCGUCCCCACAGGACCCGGCAUUCAUGCUGCACCAUGCGAUGAUCGAUCGACUGUGGGCUCAAUGGCAAAGCGACGAUGAAAAGACCCGUCGACACGCGCUCAACGGUACGGACACAAUUCUCAAUCCGCCGACCGGGAAGAUUGUGACGCUGGAGACGGAGAUGGAAUUCGGAGUUCUCCAGCGGUCUCGGUCGGUCGGUCGGUCCAUGAACCCUACCAAGCACGGGUACUGUUACUCGUACACUUGA